CGGCCUCUCCACGCCUUUAACCCCUAUUAAAACCCCCGAUCCCAUUCCCUCAUCACUUCCUCCAGGCCGGUACCAGCAUCGCAAGUUACACCACAAGCUAAGAGCAAGAUGGCUUCCUACUCCACUCCUCUCUACUCCCCUCCCAAGAGGGACCUCCCCACCCUUCUCGCUGCCGCCCUCCCCUUCCUCCGUGGUGAGCUCCACCUGGUGGACCCCGCCCUCCCGGGCUUCGUCGACCGCCUGACUGCUGCCGGCGCCGGUGAGUGCUGGCACAAGGACGGCUGCUUCCUCGGCCAUCUCACCGACGUGUACCGCAUCCUCAAGCUCUGGCUCGCCCCUGAUCCGGUCGCGCGCUGCGGCCUCUUCCACUCCGUCUACUCCAACUCCUACGUCGACCUCGCCAUCUUCGACCCCGCUGCCGACGGCCGCGACAUCCUGCGCCGCGUCGCUGGCUCGGAAGCCGAGCGCCUUACCCACCUCUUCUGCAUCGUCCCUCGCCACACCCUCAUCCACGAUGACCUCAUCUUCCACUACUCCGAUGCCGAGCUAGUCGACCACCUGGACCGCUCCGAGGCCUCCCUCCGCCGUGCCAAGGAGGAUAACAUCCUCGACUCCUCCGAGCCAUGGCGCGAGAAGCUACGAUCGGUCCUCCCAGCCAAGGGCAUCAGAGUAAAGCACAUCAGGACGAGCGAAGAGGUGCCACUCUCGAGAAGAAUGGUAGCAACCUUCUUGUUGAUGACGAUGGCCGACUUCAGCGACCAGCUGUAUGCAUUCCAAGACGAGCUGUUCGACAACGACGAUGGCCGGAUGGAGUUCGCAGGUAACACCUUCGCCGCUCUCUGGCCGGGAGACGGCCGGCCGGGGCUGUGGAUGAACUCUUUAUCGAGAAUGGGAGCGCUGUACAACCUUAUAGUAAGAGAAGAAGAACUCUUCUUGGAAGAGAGGAAGAGGAUGACCGGCGCCAUCGAGUCCAAGAGCGGUGAAAGAGACGAGGAGAUCGAGCUGGUGGUGCCGCCGGUGUUCGACAACUGUACAAAGAUCCUGGACAUGAAGGAGCAGAGGGAGGCGAGAGACUUGUAUUGGGAGGCGAUGAGUAGGGGAGGGGAGAAGAAGGAGGGGGGGUUGGAGAGGGUGGAGAGAAUGUUGUUGGAAAGCAGUGAGAAGAACCCGUUUGUUGGGGAGCCGCACCUGGUGCUGGCCCAGGUGUAUGCAAGCCAAGGGAGGUUCGAGAAGGCAGAGAGGGAGGCGGCGGAGGGGCUGAGGCUUUUGUUGGAGUGGGGGANCUCGUGGGACAAGAGGAUGAGCUGGGAGGGGUGGGUGGCCUGGGGAAGGCUGUUGCUUUUGAAGGCUAAGGAGGAGACUUGGCCUCGGACUUCCUUUGGGAUCCUCAACCUCGGACUGGUGAGGUGAGGUG